AUAUGUAGUCGUAAAAAAUUAAAACGGUUGAAGGAGAUGCGCCGAGCUUAUAGACUUUAUUUGUUUUAGAAGUUAAUAAAAACAAAGAAGACCAAAAACGUAUCUUCAACAUGAAUGUGUAUAACAAAUUAGAAUAGUAUUAUAUAUAUAUUUUUUUUUUUACUUGCCUGAGUUACUUUUUUAAGAUAAAACCUUAUAUAAACCCUUAUAUUUGUAUAAGGAACAUUUCAAUAUAUAUACAAUAUAUUUUUAUGUAUAAGAAAGUGCAUUUAAAAGAAUAUUUCCAGUCUUGACGUUCUGUGAUACAGAAUAUAAAAUCAUGGAAGAUAAUAAGUCUAGAAAACCACUUUCAUCUCCAAAAAAGAUAUUUGAAUAUCUGAACAGAUAUGUUGUGGGUCAAGGAUAUGCUAAGAAAGUGCUAAGUGUUGCUAUUUAUAAUCACUACAAACGAAUUUACCAUAAUUUGCCAGAACCAAAGUUGAAAAUACAAACCAGCUAUAAUCUGUAUACUGGAAAUAUCAAUCCAACAGUGGAACAGAAGACAAGGCAUAUAAAUCAAUCUGCACAUGGAUCAGCUACAUUAGAUGACAGCAAGCAGUAUCUAAAAUUGGAAAAGAGCAACAUAAUGUUGCUUGGUCCUACAGGCUGUGGUAAAACGUUACUCGUGCAGAUGAUAGCACAGUAUUUAGACGUUCCGUUUGUCAUCUGCGAUUGUACCACCCUUACGCAAUCGGGCUAUUGUGGCGAGGAUGUUCCGAGUGUCCUAAAUAAGCUUUUACAGCGUGCUGAUCAUCAAGUAAAACGUGCUGAAACAGGUAUUGUCUUCUUAGAUGAGGUCGACAAGCUCAGAACUAUGAAUGGAAAACACCGGGAUGUGGCCGGUCAAGGUGUACAGCAGGAAUUGCUGAAGAUGGUAGAGGGAACAAUCAUGAGUGUGCCACUAAUGAAAAGUGACUAUGGCAAGGAAACGAUAGAAAUGGACACGACGAAUAUUCUUUUUAUUGCAUCAGGCGCUUAUGACGGAUUGGACAAGCUAAUCGCGCAACGCAAUAAAUCAAAAAAGUAUUCAAAGUCUGAAGUUUUAUCUACGACCGAGAACGUAGAGACUUUGAUCGAUAUCACCAAUAUGUCACUUUUGACUGAGGAAGACAAUAAGGAUACAUUGAAACAGGUCGAGCCGAAAGAUCUCAUCGAUUUUGGUAUGAUACCUGAAUUUAUUGGUAGAUUUCCCAUACUCGUGCCUUUUCACACCCUUGACAAGGAUAUGCUAGUAAAAAUUCUCACUGAACCGCAGAAUUCUAUUAUUUGUCAAUAUCAGGAGUUAUUUUCAAAAGAGAAGGUAAAACUGACGUUCGACAUCAAUGCAUUAAAUACAAUCGCCUCUCAGGCAAUGGAAAGAAAAAUAAGUGCUCGAGGUUUGCGAGGAAUAAUAGAAACGUUACUUUUAGAGCCUAUGUUUGAAAUACCAGAAAGUGAUAUAAUAGCUGUUCAUAUCACAGAACAGUGCGUAAAAGGCCAAGAAAAUCCGCAGUACGUGAAACGAGACGAUAGCAAUGAGGAUGAUAUUCAGUGAACGAGUGUAGCAUGUUUAACAUAACUAGUAAAUAAUCAAAAAAUAUAAUAAUAACUAAACACUAAUAU